UUUCUCUCUCGCAGAGUGAAAGUCAACGGCAGAGUACAGUGAACGCUGUCCAGGCGAUGACAACAAUGGAAAAUCGCUCUGGCUCUACCUUUACCUGGACCUUAGGAGCCAUUUUUGUUAUUUUAUCAUCUUUAGCCACGCGCAGUUCUGUUACUGGUUUACAAGGAUCCAUCAGGCCGCAGCAUGACAGAGCUGUAGUUUGCUACGUCGCCUCCUGGGCGACCUACAGACGCGAAAGGGCUCAGUUCGGACUCGACGAUCUGCGCCCCGAACACUGCACCCAUCUGGUUUACGCUUUCGCCGGACUGAAUGCAUCCUCUUCCACGAUUCGCAGUCUCGAUCCCUACGCCGACCUUGAGGAAAAUUACGGCAAGGGUACCUACAAAAAAGUGACGAGAUUGCGGAACCGUUACCCCGGUCUCAAGGUGACCCUGGCCAUCGGAGGGUGGAACGAAGGUAGCGCGAAUUAUUCGGAGCUCGCGGCGUCCGCCGAACGAAGGAGAACCUUCGUCAGCGACGUGGUGGAUUUCAUCAGGAAGUACGAUUUCGACGGUCUCGAUCUAGACUGGGAAUUCCCGGCUAAGCGGGGAGGGGCCCCUCGUGACAAACAGAAUUUCGUCUACCUCGCAAGGGACCUGAAAGACGCCUUCAGGAGCAAGGGGUUGCUCCUGACGGCCGCGAUAGGGGCGGGAAUAGACACUAUAGACGCCGCUUACGAUAUCCCGGAACUCUCCAAGUACCUCGACUACAUCCACGUAAUGGCCUACGACUACCACGGUGCCUGGGACAGAAAGGUCCUCUCUAACGCUCCUCUGAAUAGCGCGCCCGAUCAGCUCUCCGUGGAAGACUCUAUAAAGUAUUUGAUGAAGCUCGGUGCCCCCGCCAACAAAUUGGUCCUUGGUUUACCCUUUUACGGGCGCACCUUCAUCCUGAACGGUCCACUCGGUUCCCCGACAGCCAGUCCGAUCGGGUCGAAUGCUCGCGAGAUCGGUUUCCCUGGUCCGUUCACCAAGCAGGACGGAUUCAUGGGAUACAACGAGAUCUGCAGGGAACUGCUCAACAAGACGAACAAUUGGAGAAAGGGGUGGGACGACGCGAGUGCAACCGCGUGGGCGGUCAGCGAAGACAAAGUCGUCACCUACGACGACCCAAGGAGCAUAAUGAUGAAGGCUGACUUUGCUAACAAAAUGAAACUUGCCGGAGUGAUGAUCUGGAGCAUAGAUACCGACGAUUUCAGAGGAGACUGUGCCGAGGUUCACGACGGAUUUUUGGACCCACUUUUAGGGAUCGAUUAUCCCCUGAUGCGCUCGAUUAAUUUGGCACUGUCACGAGACCCACCUGGAAACGAUCACGGCGAUAAUCGCAUCACGCCGGCCGAUGUGCCGCAGAAAUCAGCGGCAGAUUUCAUCGUUGUUUGCGUACUACCCAUCAUCGGGACGCUAAUUUUUACCCUAUUUUAAAUGAACAAUUUCACCGUUAAAAUUAGGGCAUUGGAUUCCUUUAGAUUAAAGAGCCUGAGUACGCGGCGAUACAGGGUCGUAAUUUUGUUCCUGAUUGAUUGAAAAAUUUCGUACAACAAAUAAUAGCCACCGCGAUCAUCGAAUGAUUUACUUUUAUAACGCAGUAUAUGUAUGUGUAUAAAUUUUGUAAUUAUAUGUACCUAUAGAUCGAUAUCGAGAGACUACGUAUUUUUCAAUAAACGAUUAUUAGUUUACUGUUAAAA